AUGAGAAUUCAAGGUGAGGUGUCAUCGUGUAUGUUUUUUACGGAUGACAUAGUUUUUGUUGAUGAGACUUGCGGCGACAUUAACACUAAGCUGGAGGAUUGGAGACACACCUUAGAGUCUAAAGGAUUCAAGUUGAGCAGCGCUAAGACAGAUUAUUUGGAGUGCAAGUUUAGUGGAGUAAUGCAGGAGGCUAAUGUAGACAUGAUGCUUGAUACAUGUGUCAUCCAAAAGAGAGAAAGUUUCACGUAUCUUGGGUCUAUUAUCCUAAGGAAUAGGAAGAUUGAAGAGGAUACCACUCACCGUAUUGGUGCAGGGUGGAUCAAAUGGAGGCUCGCAUCCGGAGUUUAUAUGAAGAUGAAAGUUGCAGAAAUGAGGAUGUUGCGAUGGAUGUGUAGGCAUACUAGGAGAGAUAAGAUUAGAAAUGAGGAUAUUCGGGAUAAGGUGGGAGUAGGUUCAGUGGAGGACAAGACGAGAGUAGCGAGGUUGAGAUGGUUUGGUCGUUCGGAGAGGCAUGGAUGCCCUAGUGCGGAGGGGGUCAAGUUGUCAAACAUUUCAAGCAAGAAAGCGAUUCUCCGUUCUGGUGUCUCUCUUCCUCGACACCGUGUUGUCUUUCUGAGUGAAUAA